GUUACUCUGCGGAGCUGAACGGAGGGUAUUGUGCAAUGUCUCUGUACAGGAAUAUCGUGUGGUUUAUCAAAGGAAUGCGGGAAUAUACGAGGGCUGGACAUGAAGCAGCCUCCAAAAACUUUGUGGCCAAAGAUCUGGACGUGUCAGUGGUGGGCCGAUCAUUCAUGAUCACUGGAGCCAACAGCGGUAUUGGGAAAGCGGCAGCCAUGGCCAUAGCAAAGAAAGGUGGAACAGUCCACCUAGUGUGCCGUAAUAAAGAGUGGGCCGAGGCUGCCAGAGAGGAGAUCGUCAGGGAGAGCGGUAACACUGAGAUCCAUGUCCACUUGUUGGAUCUGUCAGAGACACGAAAGGUUUGGGAGUUUGCAGAGGCCUUCAAGAAAGAGUACACCUCCCUCAAUGUUCUGAUUAAUAACGCUGGCUGUAUGGUGAACCAGAGGGAACUGACCUCAGAUGGUCUGGAGAAAAAUUUUGCUACCAACACUCUGGGUGUCUAUGUUCUCAUAAAGUGUCUGAUUCCUCUGCUGGAGAAGAGCAGAGACCCAAGAGUUAUCACUGUGUCUUCAGGAGGCAUGCUGGUACAGAAACUGAACCCAACAGACCUGCAGACUGAGAGGACGACCUUUGAUGGCACAAUGGUCUGCGCCCAGAACAAGAGGCAGCAAGUGGUGAUGACGGAGGUUUGGGCUAAAGCGCAUCCCAAGAUCCAUUUCUCUGUGAUGCAUCCAGGCUGGGUGGACACUCCAGCGGUUGCCACGGCGAUGCCUCAGUUCUACCAGAUGAUGCGAGACAGGCUGCGGACGGCAGCGCAAGGAGCGGAUACAGUCGUCUGGCUCGCAGUGUCCAAGCCUGCUAUGGAAACAGCCAGCGGACUCUUCUUUCAAGAUCGGAGAAUUGUUCCGACUCACCUGCCCUUGGCAUGGACACACAGCUCUCAGGAGGACGUCCAGGUCUUCAUAGGUCAAUUGAAGACCCUCGCCCUGGCCGUAAGGCCCAGUGGGUUAUCAGCCAAUGCCUGAGGUGUGCUCAAAAUAGCUGAGAUUCAUAUCCUACUCUGCUGUCACUUAUAUCCAGGCCUGGAGGACCACAGUAUAACACUGAUUAGUAUUUUCUCUGCACCAACACACUUGGUUUAAGUCAUGAUGUUACCAAGGUGGCCUCAUUAGCUGGUGAGUUCAUAUGUGUUGGAGAAGGGAAAACACUGAAGUGCAUCAGUAGCUUACUCCUACAUGUUAGAACCUUCAGAGGUUCUACUUACUUAACAAAACUAAUUUACAACACUUUUGAUUGUGGUAUUAUUACUACCAUAUUAAAACAUGAAGAUGUCAAGAAAGAAAACUGAAAACAACUUUGAUGUUCCAAAUGUCCUUAGAUGAUCUCAGCUGCAAGGUCAUAAAACCAGAUGUCUGGCCGCAAAACACUGAUGUAAUUAAUGCAAAACAAAAGAUACACAGUUGAUCGAUUAAUGCUUGUAUGCUGUGGUUGCACUGGCACUCUCUUAUAAGGCAGCCAGCACACUGCAUGCAUAUUUAGAAUCAUUUCAGUGGUUUUGAAUGGUGUGAUAAAUAAUGUAUAAAUCACAGUAUUGGUCUCUUCACAAUCCACUGUGCAUAUAAAAGUAUAUAUUAUCGUAUAUUUAUGCAAACGUUACUCUAGAAAUGUCUACACAUAUUACAGAUAUAUAUAGUGAGAACCUACCUGAGCUGCUGAGGUGGAACGCAGUAAACUUUGGCUGAUGUAAAACACUGAAGCUCUCUCUCUGACCACAAUUCAAAAGUACCAGCCG